GCCGGACGGGACUGGCAAGUGAGUAUCAUCAUCUGCGAGCGCUCGGGCGGGGAGUACACCGUCGGCGACCCAGCACCUCCAGCCCUGGUGACGAAGUGGUUCUGUUGCCUCACUCCAGACGGGGACAUCCUGCUGCAGCUCCUGGCGGUCGGGGCUCUGGCUGGGGUGGUGGUGCUCGACAAGACGGGCCAGCCCACCGACUCCACCUCCGAAGGCCGGAAGUCGCGGAGGAGACGCUCGGUAUGCGGCGCCGACCGGGAGGCGAUGGCGCUCGACUACGUAGCAGCCUUGCGGUUUUGCCGCCCCGAGGCUCUCUCCAGCGGUCACCCGAGCCGGCGGCUCCGUGGGAAGCAAUUGCGACCAGCAUCGGGAACGCCGUCAGGGGAUGGAGCAGCGAAGGUUCCGACUGACAUGGAGGUCUCGGAGGGAGCCUUGCCGACGCCGCCCGACGGGCGGUGUGGGGGGAUCCUCGCCACGACGGGCUCGGACACCGCGCGCACGGAGCGUUUCGGUGGCGCGACCGACGGAUAUGCUGUCGCAGGCGGGUUCGGUGUCGUACCGAUGGGCUUGGAGGCGGAUGUCGUGAGAGGGGUGAAGCGUGACGAGCUCGGAGGCGACGGGGACUCAGACGCCCGGUCGUUCAACAUCAAGGUGGUGUUUGAGGGGGAGCGGUGCCGUCUGACCAAGGAUGCCGUGAACCUCCUCAGCGAGGCCGGGGCCUCGCUUGACGACCCCGGCGUCUCCGACCACGAGCUGUGCAUGCGCGUGGUCGGCCUGGGCAUGUCUUUCGACCAGCUGAACGGCGGCGAGCUGGGCUUCUUCGAGUACAUCGCAAGGCGGGCGCAGCUCAUUGAGCACUGCUACCGCGAGAGGGCCAUGGACCGGCCCGACGGCAUCGACGGAGCCGAGGACGACUACCUCAUGAUGGGGACCCUGGAGACGCGCGGCCAUUUGAAGAUCGCGCCGGAGCUCCAGGACUACAUCACGGCCGAGCUCCACCGCGAGGCGGGCCUGCUCGAGGAGCGGCGCGAGCUUCGCGAGGAGCGGGCCAUCUCGGCGUGCCCUGCCGGCUCUUCGGCCGGGAUGGUGGUCGCUCGCGAGCUGCUGCCUAUCAACCUGGCCGCCCUCUCGGCCCCGCGCGAGCCACCUGGCGUUGGCCGCUGCAGCCGCAGCGUCCGCAGCCGGGCCCUCCGCCGGACCCUCGUCGACGAGCGCGUGCGUGAGUCGGUGACCGCCCUCAACCUUUUGUACAACCACGGCGAGGCCCAGGUGAGCCCCGCGGCAGCCUGCAGUGAGCUGUGCGGGAGCAGGCCCGGGUAUGGCGACCCGGUGAAGACGGCUCCUUACCAGCGAGACCUCGUCUCGCUGCCGACCGGCGGGGUCCUGGCCGAGGGGGACCGGUGCCUCGGCGGUGCGGCUUUAAGUUUCUGGAAGGAGUGGCGACAGCAUCUUUUGCGGCCCGGUGUCAGCCGGGAGGUAGUGCAGAAAUUCAGGCCUCACGUCGACAGUCGGCUACGUGCGAAGGGUACCUACGCCCAGUUCGUGUUAGACCUCCAGGCCGCCGGUUUGGUGAACCUGAGGGGCCGCCUCGACGCGACCUUGGGAGUGUUCUUCGUGUGGAAGAGUGACGGCGUCAGGCAGAG